AUGAUAUUAAUUGAUGAAGGUGCCAGAAACACGGUUCCAAACAAGACUUCUGAUUAUCCCAAUGUUUCAGAGGAUUGGAUCCAAUAUAACAAGGAGGAGAACAUUUAUCAGUUGACGGUGGACUUCAGUGCCUUGGAGAACAAUGUGCGAUUCAACGAAGCCAAUGAGUAUGCUGUCAACAAUAUUCUCUUGCCUGGAGGUCGUCCUUCGCCUGUUACGGAUCGCUCCUCUAGCAACGGAAGCGGACUAAAUGACAAAGAAUCCAUGAUAUUAAUUGAUGAAGGUGCCAGAAACACGGUUCCUAACAAGACUUCUGAUUAUCCCAAUGUUUCAGAGGAUUGGAUCCAAUAUAUCAAGAAGGAGAACAUUUAUCAGUUGACGGUGGACUUCAGUGCCUUGGAGAACAAUGUGCGGUUCAACGAAGCCAAUGAGUAUGCUGUCAACAAUAUUCUCUUGCCUGGAGGUCGUCCUUCGCCUGUUACGGAUCGCUCCUCUAGCAACGGAAUCGGACUAAAUGACAAAGAAUCCAUGAUAUUAAUUGAUGAAGGUGCCAGAAACACGGUUCCUAACAAGACUUCUGAUUUUACCAAUGUUUCAGAGGAUGGGAUCCAGUAUAACAAGGAGGAGAACAUUUAUCAGUUGACACAACAGACGGUGGACUUCAGUGCCUUGGAGAACAAUGUGCGACUCAACGAUGCCAAUGAGUAUGAUAUCAACAAUAUCCUCUUGCCUGAAGGUCGUCCUUCGCCUGUUACGGAUCGCUCCUCUAGCAACGGAAUCGGACUAAAUGACAAAGAAUCCAUGAUAUUAAUUGAUGAAGGUGCCAGAAACACGGUUCCUAACAAGACUUCUGAUUUUCCCAAUGUUACAGAGGAUUGGAUCCAAUAUAACAAGGAGGAGAACAUUUAUCAGUUGAAUAUACCGGCGGAAGCUUAUGCAAACGUGGUACUGAUUCCCAGUGAAGAAAGCAUGACAACAGAAAACUCUGUAUCACCUUUACCUCUAAGUCCAGAACCGUCUGCCAGUAUUCCAUCUACUACGGAGAGCGACCGUAAGAAAGUUAUCAGAACUGUGACACCUCCGAAGAUACAAAAACGUAUCGCUAAACCGAAGGAGAUAACCGCUAUCCCUACAAGGAAAAACAGUAGGACCCGGGUUGUUGCUCCGAAGAACAAGGAGAUCUCUCAUAAAGUUGAAAAACCUAAAGAGACUAAAAAUGCGCCCAAAAGGUCUGCUGAAGAUCUUUUGCAGUCACCUCCUUCCGAGGUCGCUAGGAUCUCCAAAGGAGAUAUGCCGUCAUUAAGCCUCGGCUUGACUACUCAAAUCGACGCUAAUCUCGAAAUGGCUAAAUUAGUUGAAGAGUUCUCACCCAGAAGCGAAGGCAAAGUUCAUGCGGUUCCAACGAAACUUCCGUAUCAUGAGAGACCCCGCAAAAGUCCUGUAGGUAAACCAGCCACUGAGUCAAUUAAAGAGAAUUUAAAUGCGGUUCCUCACAAGAUUCCUAACGAUGGUGCAGAUAAAAGAAAUGUACCAGAAUUUGACCGCAAUGCGACAAAUCAAAACAACCUUAGCAUUGAUUCAGCUAAGUUGAACUUCCCAUCGUGUUUACCUGUAGAUAUUCAAGCCUAUGUCAAUAUUCCAUAUAUGGGGGAGAGCAACAGUAUGAAUGAUGCUAGAACUGCGACACCUCCGAAGAUAGAAAAGCGUAUCGCCAAACCUAAGGAGAUACCCGCUGGCCCUACAAGGAAAAACAUUAGGACCCGUGUUGUUGCUCCGAAGAAGAAAGAUACCUCUCAUAAAGUUGAAGAAAAUAAAGAGGCUAAAAACGCGCUCAAAAGGUCUGCUGACGGUCUUCUGCAGCCACCUCCUUCUAAGGUCGCUAGGAUUGCGAAAGAAGCGUCAUUAAACCUCAGUCUGACUACUCAAAUCGACGGUAAGCUCGAACUGCCUAAAUUAGUUGAAGAAUUCUCACCCAGAAGCGAAGGCAAAGUUCCUGCGGUUCCCACCAAAAUUCCAUGCCAUGAGAGACCCUGCAAAAGUCCUUCGAAAACACUUAAAAAGCGUAUCGCUAAACCUAUCGAUACACCAAUGGUCCCUACAAGGAAAUACAGUAGAACCCCUGUAUUUACUCCAAAGAGGGAACGUCCCUCUUGUAAGGUUGAAGAGUCUAAAGAAACUAAAAACGAGCUCAAAAGAGCUGCUGGAGGUACUUUGCAGCCACCUCCUUCCAAGUUCGCUAAGGUUAUGUCAGAAGCUAGUCAAAUUGAGACUAAGCUGGAACUGAAUAACCUAAUUGAAGAAUACUCACCCAGAAGUGAAGGUAAGGUUCCUGUGGUUCCAAAAAAACUUCUAUGUAAUGGGAGACGCUGCGAAAGUCCUGUACGAAAACCAGCCACUGAAUCAGUUCAAGAGAAUUUCAAUUCGGUUUCUUACAGAAUUCCUAAAAUCGGCCGAGGUAAUAAAAAUGUACAGAAUUCUGACGGCAGUGCGCCAAGUCAAAUUAAGGCUAACAUUGAUCUACCCAGAAGUGAAGGUAAAGUUCCUGCGGCUCCAACAAAAAUUCUAAGCAAUGGGAGAAACCGUGAAAGUCCUGUAGGAAAACCAGCUGCUGAAUCAAUUAAAGAGAAUUUGAAUUCGGCUCCCUACAAGAUCCCUAAAAUUAGCGCAGGUAGUAAAAAUGUACCGAAAUCUGACCGUAGUGCGCCAAGUCAAAUUAAGGCUAACAUUGAUCUACCCAGAAGUGAGGGUAAAGUUCCUGCGGUUCAAACAAAAAUUCUAAGCAAUGGGAGAAACCGUGAAUGUCCUGUAGGGAAACCAGCUGCUGAAUCAAUUAAAGAGAAUUUGAAUUCGGUUCCUUACAAGAUCCCUAAAAUUGGCGCAGGUAGUAGAAAUGUACCGAAAUCUGACCGUAGUGCGCCAAGUCAAGCUAAGGCUAACACUGAUCUAGCUAAAUUGAUUGAGCAAACUGAAAAGAUUACACCGAGAAACAAACACAGUGGUCCAAUGCAAAAACGUGCAACAUCUUCAAGCCAAGUAUCUGUAGCUCGAGGACAUACUACCAAACCGUUAUCCAACAAUACUACCAACAAUUCGGACUAUCCACACGACAACAGGGACUCCUCCAGAAACCCGCGAUCGACAAACAGUUCCAGCUCGUCUGCACAUCACAGCCAAAGUUACUACCCGUAA